AUGCCGUCGGGUUUCCAACAGAUCGGCUCCGAAUACGAGGCGCGCUGCGCCGGGAUCGGGGACACCCUGCCCUCGAUCCAGCUUGAGAAAGCAGAUCCAGGCGAGCCGUGCCCUCCUGGAGCUGUCCGUCUGUCCCGGCUCUCUCGGGAAGUUUUUCGAGGACCGGAGGCUCUCCGUGGGCCCCCACCCCCACCCCUGGCCGUCCUCCAGGACGCUGAACUUUCCCUCAGCCCCACGCUUCUGCCUACCCAGGACGGGGAGCCCCCGCGGCAGCGAGUAACUGGGACCCUGGUCCUCGCCGUGUUCUCUGCUGUGCUUGGCUCCCUCCAGUUUGGCUAUAACAUUGGGGUCAUCAAUGCCCCGCAGAAGGUGAUUGAACAGAGCUACAAUGAGACGUGGCUGGGGAGGCAGGGGCCGGAGGGACCCAGCUCCAUCCCGCCAGGCACCCUCACCACCCUCUGGGCUCUGUCCGUGGCCAUCUUUUCUGUGGGCGGCAUGAUCUCCUCUUUCCUCAUUGGUGUCGUCUCUCAGUGGCUGGGAAGGAAGAGGGCCAUGCUGGUCAACAACAUCCUGGCGGUGCUGGGGGGCACCCUCAUGGGCCUGGCCAAUGCUGCUGCGUCCUACGAGAUGCUCAUUCUGGGACGGUUCCUCAUUGGCGCCUACUCAGGGCUCACGUCGGGGCUGGUGCCCAUGUACGUGGGGGAGAUCGCCCCCACUCACUUGCGGGGCGCCUUGGGGACGCUCAACCAACUGGCCAUCGUCAUUGGCAUUCUGAUCGCCCAGGUGCUGGGCUUGGAGUCCAUGCUGGGCACGGCCACCCUGUGGCCACUACUGCUGGGCAUCACGGUGCUGCCUGCCCUCCUGCAGCUGGUCCUACUGCCCCUGUGCCCGGAAAGCCCCCGCUACCUCUACAUCAGCCGGAACCUGGAGGGGCCGGCCAGAAAGAGCCUGAAGCGCCUCACGGGCUGGGCUGACGUGUCUGGAGCGCUGGCUGAGCUGAAGGAGGAGAAGCGGAAGCUGGAGCGGGAGCGGCCGCUGUCCCUGCUCCAGCUCCUGGGCAGCCGCACCCACCGGCAGCCCCUGGCCAUCGCUGUCGUGCUGCAGCUGAGUCAGCAGCUCUCGGGCAUCAACGCUGUGUUCUACUAUUCAACCAGCAUCUUCGAGACAGCAGGGGUAGGACGGCCAGCCUACGCCACCAUAGGGGCCGGCGUGGUCAACACGGUCUUCACCUUGGUCUCGGUGUUCUUGGUAGAGCGCGCGGGGCGUCGGACCCUCCACCUCCUGGGCCUGGCGGGGAUGUGUGGAUGUGCCAUCUUGAUGACCGUAGCUUUGCUGCUGCUGGAGCGGGUUCCAGCCAUGAGCUACGUCUCCAUCGUGGCCAUCUUCGGCUUUGUGGCAUUCUUUGAGAUUGGCCCUGGGCCCAUCCCCUGGUUCAUCGUGGCUGAGCUGUUCAGCCAGGGCCCCCGCCCGGCGGCCAUGGCCGUGGCUGGUUUCUCCAACUGGACGUGCAACUUCAUCAUCGGCAUGGGUUUCCAGUACAUAGCGGAGGCGAUGGGUCCAUACGUCUUCCUUCUGUUCGCCGUCCUUCUGCUCUGCUUUUUCACCUUCACCUUCCUAAGAGUGCCUGAGACCCGAGGCCGGACAUUUGACCAGAUCUCUGCCGACUUCCGCCGGACGCCCUCUCUCUUAGAGCAGGAGGUGAAGCCCAGCACGGAACUGGAGUACUUGGGGCCGGACGAUGAGAAUGACUGAGGGGCCUGGCAGGGGCGGGAGGGCCGUGCUCUCGCCCACCCCCACCCCCACCCAGACCCCCUCCUCACCUGUGCACUUUAACCCUCUCUUCCCUGUUACUUCCAGGGCGGAGGAGCCCCUGCAGCCUGGGGGGGGGGGUCGGGAAGCUGGAGGGAAGGGCGGUCUUGGCAACGCCUCAGUCCCCUCGUGUGACUCGUGGAUUAUUGAUGUGGUGUGAUUAGGCUGUGGCCGUCAGGGUGGGCCGUUCUCCCGUCUCGCCCCCUCCUUCCUCCGUGGCCCACCCCACCCACCCCCCACCCUCCACCCUCAGUUCCAGAAGACGUGGCUCCCUUGCUAGAGAAGGGGGGCUGCAGGGAGGGGAGGCCCGGGGACUGUUCAGUGGGCAGACUGAAGCAGAGAGGACCGGAGCCGUGGCCCCUGCCACCUCGGACUCGCCCUCCUCCUCUGGCACUUGGCUCUGAGCUCUUGCCUCAUAGACUCUGGGCCAGGCGGGUCCGGUUUCGACCCCUCCCAGAGGACGCCCCCUCCCAGGGCCUACGCUCCCCUCUCCUGGCAGGCUCAGCCCUCUGGGCCCAACCUUCUGGGGCAAGAGGGGAGCACGGGCCAACGCGCGGGGAGAGGGGGCCCCGCUCUGGUCUCUUCUCCCGUCCCGAAGGGUGUUGCACCCACAAGCUUUUGACCAACUAAGGGAAAGAGGAAUUUGAAAGGCGGCCUGUAAACAGGGGGUGGGAGGAGCCUUUCGAUAUUUUUGUAUAUGUUUGGAAAAGGGGCAGGGAGAAGGAACCAAAGGUCUGUUGUACGACGUGUAUGUAGGAGACGCAGACAUAAAGUCGCCAUCCAAGGUGCGCGUCCUGUCGUGGGGGUGCCCGAGGACCGGCUGGCAGCGAG